UUUUGGUCGAUAUUUAGGAUUGUCAAUUACACCAUUAACAAUUAAACUGUCCAUGCACGUCGCCAUCUACAGACUAGGAAUGCUAAUAUAGACCGUGUCAUAGUUCUUCCAACCGGCCUCACCAUGGCCUCCAAGAUAAUUGUUAUUGGAGACGUGAAUUGCGAGCUGCGCGAUGUUUUCACCAAGCUGGCAAAGCUUCAGGUGAAGCAGAACUUCUCUCUUGCUAUCAUCACUGGCGAUCUCUUUGGCGACUGUUCUACAGAGCAAGAGCUGGACCAGAUCUCUGCGCUGCUGCAGGAGAACAUCAGUGUGCCACUGCCGACUUACUUUGGCCUGGGUAGCCGGCCUCUGCCUACUCGCAUCAUCGAGAGAAUCGAAGCCAAUGACGAGGUCUGCCCGAACCUGUACUUCUUAGGGAGGCGCGGCACGCUCAAAACCGCAGAGGGCAUCCGGAUCGUCGCCCUCGGGGGCAAUCUCGAGACGGAAGCCAAGUCGACCGACAGAUACCAUCCGGGUUACACCGAAUCGGACGCCCGCGCGCUGUAUGGUGCGCACAGCGCCGACCUCCUCAUCACGCACCAGUGGCCCAAGGGCAUCCGGUUCCGAUCCCAAGUCGCGCUCCCAGAGGGUGCAACGACCCCCGACGAGGUCCAGUGCAUCGCGGAUCUCUGUGCGACCCUCAAGCCCCGCUACCACCUCUCCUCGUCGGCAGGCUUCUUCUUCGAGCGGGAGCCCUUCUUUCACAUGCCUACGGAAGACCAGCCCGACGCGAAGCCUCUCACCCGCUUCAUCAGCCUCGCGUCCUACAACAACACCUCUAAGCAGAAAUGGAUGUACGCGUUUACGUUGGACCCCAGCGCCGCGCCCCCGCUGUCCGUUCCCGCCGGUGCCACCGCCUCUCCGCUCUCUACGUCUCAAAAUAAGCGCAAACCCCUCACUAGCCAGAAAGACUCGUACAGCCGGUUCGCCGUCGACGAUGACAGCCACCGGCCACGGAAGCGCGCCCGUGCACCGCCGCCGGGGCCGGACCAGUGCUUCUUCUGCCUGUCGAACCCCAACAUCGCCACGCACCUCAUCACAUCGAUCGGCAACGAGAGCUACCUGACCACGGCCAAGGGCCCGCUCCCCACCUCGAAGACGUUCCCCUCCCUCGGCUUCCCCGGUCACAUGCUCAUCAUCCCGUUCACGCACUCCCCCACGCUACACAGCAUCCCCGACGCAGACUCGCGCAGCAACACCUACAGCGAAAUGCAACGAUACCGGACCUCCCUCCACACGAUGCUCCAGACCCGCUCGGCGGGUACGAGCACACCGCUGGGCGCGGUGACGUGGGAGGUCAGCCGCGGCAACGGCAUCCACACGCACUGGCAGUUCCUGCCGGUGCCAUCCGACCUGGUCCAGCGGGGACUUGUGGAGGCGGCCUUCAAGGUCGAAGCAGAGAACCUAAAGUACCCGAAAUUCGAGAACGUGCCGGCGACCUCGGACCCGGCGCACGAUACGGGAGAUUUCUUCCGGGUGUGGGCGUGGGCUCCGGCUUCGGGGACGGACCAGGCGGACGAGGCUCCGAGUGCGGACGUGGUCGAGAAGUGCCUGCUGCUGCCUCUGGGGCCCGAGUUCCGGUUCGAUCUGCAAUUCGGGCGGCGGGUGAUGGCCAAACUGAUGGGGUUGGAAAAACGCAUCAACUGGCGGGACGAUGUGCAGUCGGAGAGGGAGGAGGAGGCGGAUGCGAUGGCGUUCAAGGAAGCGUUUAAAGGGUUUGAUUUUACGUUGGAGGAAUGA